CUACAUUACCAGGCCGGCCCCCGCCCAGCGUGGCCAGAACCAGCCAGCCCACGUCCCGCCGCUGGCCGCCCGGGACUCCAGCGCUCCUCUGGCCGCACCCGAGUGCCACGCGGCGGAGCCCAAUCCCGGCUCACUCCCCAGAACCGGCAGAGCGCAAGGCACCCGGGUCCCCUUGCUGCCCCACACGUGAGUGCGCCUUGCGCGCGGGACCGGGCUAGGUGUGCAGGGAGACAGACCCAGGCUGACGCCCACGAACUAGAGUGCCCACAAGUUUGAGUGCAGAGGCUCCUGGGGCUGUUGGAGGUGGCCAAGACCCGCUGUGGGGAGGAGGGCGGAAAGCGCAACGGGCACUGUCACCGCGGGAAACUUCAGCCUUGGUAUGUCCAGACCCGGCUGUUUGAGGGCGAGAGCGAGCAAGAAAGUGAACCAGAGAGAGCGCUGCGGGGUCUUCUUCAGUCGGACUCACUGGGAGGUCCAAAGCGGUCUCCACCUCUGAGUUUUGUCCCAAUGGUGCGCGUCACAACCUCUAUAUCCAGUUUUUUCCAACAGACGUAAUCCCUUUCCUGCGAACCGCGAGUCCGCUCAGCGCGCGCUGAUCCCAAUCUCCCCAGUGGUCUCUGUUGGCACAGGCAGGAAGGACCCCCGCCCUCACCAAGUGACCACUUCUUUUCCUUUGAUACGAGCAGAGCUUCUGCGUGUCUCCGGUACCGGUACCGCUGAAAGUCCCUCUAGCCAGCCGCACCCAUGCUUCUGGCGCGGAUGAACCCGCAGGUGCAGCCCAGCGGGGAGGACCCUGAACCCGAGCCGUCCUUGCCCGCUUGCCAAACUGCGGAUCUGCUGGUGGUGAAGGAACGCAACGGCGUCCAGUGCCUCCUGGCGCCCCGCAACAGCGAUGCGCAGCCCCGUGAGACCUGGGGCAAGAAGAUCGACUUCUUGCUGUCGGUGGUGGGCUUCGCGGUGGACCUGGCCAACGUGUGGCGCUUCCCCUACCUCUGCUACAAGAAUGGUGGCGGUGCCUUCCUGAUUCCAUACACCCUGUUCCUCAUCAUUGCCGGGAUGCCCCUGUUCUACAUGGAGCUGGCUCUCGGGCAGUACAACCGGGAAGGGGCGGCCACCGUCUGGAAGAUCUGUCCUUUCUUCAAAGGAGUCGGCUAUGCUGUGAUCCUCAUUGCCCUCUACGUUGGCUUCUACUACAACGUCAUCAUCGCCUGGUCGCUCUACUACCUCUUCGCCUCCUUCACCUUCACCCUGCCCUGGACCAACUGCGGCCAUGCCUGGAACAGCGCCAACUGCACGGACCCCAAGCUCCUCAAUGGCUCCGUGCUGGGCAACCACACCAAGUACUCCAAGUACAAGUUCACGCCAGCAGCAGAGUUUUAUGAGCGUGGUGUCCUGCAUCUCCAUGAGAGCAGCGGGAUUCACGACAUCGGCCUGCCCCAGUGGCAGCUCCUCCUCUGUCUCAUGUUCGUUGUCGUCAUCCUGUAUUUUAGCCUCUGGAAAGGUGUGAAGACAUCAGGAAAGGUGGUGUGGAUCACGGCCACCCUGCCGUACUUUGUGCUGUUCGUGCUCCUGGUCCAUGGCGUCACGCUGCCCGGCGCCUCCAACGGCAUCAACGCCUACCUGCACAUCGACUUCCACCGCCUAAAGGAGGCCACGGUGUGGAUUGAUGCUGCCACUCAGAUAUUCUUUUCCUUGGGGGCUGGAUUUGGAGUCUUGAUUGCAUUCGCCAGUUACAAUAAGUUUGACAACAACUGUUACAGGGACGCCCUGCUGACCAGCACCAUCAACUGUGUCACCAGCUUCAUCUCUGGGUUUGCCAUCUUCUCCAUCCUCGGUUACAUGGCGCACGAACACAAGGUCAACAUCGAGGACGUGGCCACUGAAGGAGCUGGCCUGGUGUUCAUCCUGUAUCCAGAAGCCAUUUCCACCCUGUCGGGAUCGACGUUCUGGGCUAUCUUGUUUUUCAUCAUGCUCCUGGCCCUGGGCCUUGACAGCUCCAUGGGAGGCAUGGAGGCAGUCAUCACGGGCCUGGCGGACGACUUCCAGGUGCUCAAGCGCCACCGGAAACUCUUCACGCUGGGCGUCACUGUGGGCACGUUCCUUCUGGCCCUGUUUUGCAUAACCAAGGGUGGAAUCUACGUGCUCACUCUCCUGGACACGUUUGCGGCCGGCACCUCCAUCCUGUUUGCGGUGCUGAUGGAAGCCAUCGGAGUGUCCUGGUUCUACGGUGUGGACAGGUUUAGCAACGACAUCCAGCAGAUGAUGGGGUUCAAGCCCGGGCUGUACUGGAGACUGUGCUGGAAGUUUGUGAGCCCCGCCUUCCUCCUGUUCGUGGUGGUGGUCAGCAUCAUCAACUUCAAGCCGCUCACCUACGACGACUACGUCUUCCCGCCCUGGGCCAACUGGGUGGGCUGGGGCAUCGCCCUGUCCUCCAUGGUCCUGGUCCCCGCCUACAUCGUCUACAAGUUCCUCAGCCUGCGGGGCUCCCUCUGGGAGAGAGUGGCCUACGGCGUCACACCGGAGAAUGAGCACCACCUGGUGGCGGAGAGGGACGUCAGGCAGUUCCAGCUGAAGCACUGGUUGGCCAUCUGAACCCGACCCCAAGGAGGAGAAGCCCACCGUCCAGGCCAGAGGCAGCUGCUUCCCUCCUGCCCCGGACGCCGUCCUGUCGUUCCUCUCCUGGAAGAUGCCCCUUCUGACCCCCCUAUUCUACUUCUCCCAGUUACAAAGAAUUGAGUGGCUCUGA